AUGAAACAGACCUCAACGAUAUUGAAGAAAUUAUUUGGCUUGCAUACUGUGAACAAACUUGCAAGCAUUCUUAGGAAUCGACAGUUCUUGGACUUCUAUUUAGUCAUUACAUUGAAAAUAAAUCCAAAAUACCAAGUUAUUUUAGAUUGGGUAAGAGCGAUCACGAAAUGGGUAUUUGAUUCUCCCAAUUCUACAUUUGGUUGUGGCUGCAAAAUAAAUUUUGAAAUUGAAAUUUAUCUUGAAUUGAGGAAACAUGGAUGCUUAGAGCGAGCUUGUAUGUUUAAUUCUCCCAAACCGUGUACUUACGUUUGUUUAUUUUAA